UCAUGGCUCAAGCAUUUAGGGACCGGCCGCGACGACGCCCCGAAGCGAUCUGCUUCGCGGUAGCGGCUCUCAUUUUUGCGUUGCCAUUCGGAUCUCCGUGCUUUCAGCCUGGGUUCCAAAGUCGGCUGUCUGUAGCUCGCAAUGCAUACAUGGAAGAGGACAAGUCGGGAUGGUCUGAGGCUGAGAGACAAGCCUUGAGCUUUCUGGAGGAGAAGCAGCCCAAGUGGCGGCGCAGCUAUCUUGGCCCCAAGACGGAGGCACAAGUGCGUGAGACCUUUCAGGCCAUAUCUUGGGCUGCAGGAGGAGAGACGCAGGGGCUCAAAGCAAUUGAAAAGAACUUGGCGCUUAUGGUCUUUCUGCCAGAGCAGAUCCGAGCCUCUGCAGAAGCCCUGACGGGAGAGCUCGGCCAAAAGGAGGCGUCUGACAUCAUUCAGAAGAACCCUGGAGUUUUGACCAUACCUCCUGAGAGCAUCAAGCAGAAUGUCGGUGCAAUUGUUCCAUUGUCCAGUGUUGUUGGCUUUUUCUCGGACAACCCGAUGAUUUCCCAAGGACUCUUUGCGAUCCUAGGUAUUGCCGUGAUCUAUGCAGUGGUGGUUGUUGGCGUGAUCAACCCACUAAUCAAAGCUUAUCCAGGCAACCAAUGAUGUACCCUUAGCAUCCCUGGAGCAAAGUUGGAAAA